UGAUAAUAAGCACCAAAACCAAAUGGUACGUUUGGACUAAGCACUUUUGCACUGUUAGUAUAUCCGGUGGUAGCAUUUGAAAGGCUUAAUUCUCAAUGCAGUUUCGUAUUGCUUUUCAAGGGGCUUUUCUGGGUCUCUGGUUCUGCUUCUUUGCUGCAAGCUUCUGCUAUAGCAACGGAGAGACCAUUGAGGUAACUGGUGAACAAGCAGCAGCCAAAUCUUUUUCAGAGUUGCAAAGAGCAGAAGCUGCAGAAGUCAACGAAGAAGAGAAAUUUAUAUUGCCUCCACACAAGCCAAUAUUCCCCAAGAAGCGGCCUCCACCUAAGGUCAGUCCACCAAGGCCCUUUUUCAGGCCACCCCUUCCACCAGUUCCAGCCUACAAAAUGCCUCCUUCCUACCAAUUGUGUCCUCCCAACAAGACGUGUGGUCCCUACACAACGUGUGCUGAUCCUUACCAAAGAAGGUGUCCUCCACCGCCUCCGGUUGUGGAAGAAAAGCCAUUUCUGAAGAAGCCAAUUUUCCAUCCACUACCAAAAUUGAAGAAGCCACUUCCUCCACCCGUUCCAGUUUACAAGAAGCCACUUACUCCACCAGUUCCAGUUUACAAGAAGCCGUUUCCCCCUCCCAUCUUCAAGAAGCCGAUUCCAAAGUUCAAGAAGCCACUUCCUCCACGUCCAUUCCUCGGGAAGCCAUUGCUUCCCACUGUUCCCUAAACUAGACUAGCUGGUUUUCCUUCCAAAUAAUAAGAGAUGAGUAGCAUAUAAAUACCUAUAGAAUAAAAUCCUACAUGGAGAGAGAAAUGAGUUUGUUGUUGUAACUUUAUUAUCUUGAAAUUGUGUGUUGUGUUGUUGUACUUGUUUGAUUCUGCUGUUAUGCAGCUACCUUGUUAUACGACCUUUGCAUUUAUAUA